AAGUAGUAAAAUCGAGUAGUGGUUUCCGGUGCUUGACCUAAUAUGUUUCAAUAUCCAUGUUUGUUUUACAUUACUUCUAAACUCAGAAGGUCAAUUUUCGCGAAAUCGGUUGUAGGUCAUCCACGCGAGACUAUAUUUUUAUUAGUACAGUUUCAGUUAUCGACUAGAUAUCCUUAUUAGUGUGCUUAUUUGAAGAUUAUUUCCAAUCAUGCAUCUUAAACGAAAUGAUCCUAAACCACCGAUUGAUCCUAAUCGUUUAACUCUUAUUGGAUUCAGAUUUUGCCCUUAUGUUGAUCGUGUUAGACUAGCAUUGAGUUAUUACAAAGUUGAUUAUGAUUUGAUAAAUAUUUCAUUGAAUUCCAAACCAGAAUGGUACUUAGAAAUGUAUCCAACUGGCAAAGUUCCUUUAUUAUUGAUACCAAAUGAACAGAAAUUACCAGAAUCUGAUGCUAUUCUAUGUUAUAUUGAUAAAUCUUAUGGUUCUGGCAAUUUAUUAACUCAAUGUGGUAUGGAUCAAUUUGAAAAAGCUAAAGAACUGAUUAAUUAUAUAGCCAGACCAACUUACAUGAUUAUGUGUGUGCCUGAAAUUAAUCUAUGCGAUGUGUCAGCCUAUCGAGAAGCAUGCAAAAAGAUAAAUGAUGCUAUACAAGGCCCAUAUUUCACUGGUAAUCAUUUAAGUUUAGCCGAUUUCAUUCUAUUCCCACAUUUACAUCGAUUCGAAGCAGUUAUGGGUCGAAUCAAAGGUAAACAACCAGAAGAAAUCGAUGUAAUCAGUGUAAAGGAUGAUAAAGGGCUACGUGAAGAUUUUCCCAAAUUAAUUACAUUUUUAGAAAUAAUGCGUAAACAGUCAUAUGUGGCAGAUGUUACUGUACCAUGUCGUAUGCAUGCAUUGUAUGCAGCCUCUGUACUUUCAGGUGAUAAUAAUCCUGAUAUGGAAUAGAAUAGAAUAAUGGUUUUCUUUAAAAAAAAAUUGAUUUGUCUAUUGUCUAAGUUUAUUUAAAGACAAUCAUACUAAUGACUGUUUGCAAAUGAUUAUUUUCUAAUUAUAGUAAUAAUAAUAAAUUCAAUGUUCACGA